AUGGAUCUGCUGCCGUCGAGCGCGGACGAGUUCAGGUCGCGCGAGUACUGGGACAGGUUCUUCAGGAAGCGCCGCGGGAAGGCGUUCGAGUGGUACGGCGAGUGGCACGAGCUCAAACCGCUGCUGCUGCGGCCCGAGUGCUGCGGCACUGCACACCGCACAGGCGGCGACACAAGCAAUGAGUCGCCGGUGCAGAUCCUGGUGGUGGGGUGCGGCAACUCGGAGCUGUCCGCGCACCUGCACGACCACGUCGCUCUUCCCCACGCCCCCGCCGGGCGCGUGCCCGCUGUCAUCACGAGUAUUGACUUCAGUACGGUUGUCAUCGACGAGAUGAAACGCAAGAAUGACGCGGCGCGGCCGAACAUGAAAUGGCAUGUGAUGGACAUGACCGCCACCACUGUACGUGCGCUGCGCGCAGAUGAAGAGGCUUCAGGCGGCUGCUGUCACGCGCUCGCACACACAGCAGUGCAGGGCCGCGGCGAGGAAGCCGCAGCGCCCGCACUCCCCCGUUCUGCUCCUCCCCUCCCCUGCUCUCAAUCCCCCGUUCCUUCUCCCCCAUUCAACCGCCCUUCUUCCACCCUUCUCCCCAUCCACUCGUCCCAAUCCCGCCCCCUUCCAUUCCCCCUGUCCCCGCGCGCACCUGCGGCGCGCGUGCAGUACGAGGGGGGCGCGUUCGACGUGGUGGUGGACAAGGGCGGGCUGGACGCGCUCAUGGGCGAGGAAGGGGGCGACGCCUCCACGGCGGGCGCGCGCCUGCUGCACGAGGUGCAGCGCCUCGUCGCCCCGGGGGGCGGCCGGUACCUCUGCGUCACCCUCGCGCAGAGCCACGUGCUGGAGCUGCUGCUGCGUCACUUCCGCGCCGCCACGUGGACCGUGGUCAUCCAUGCCGUGCCCAUCGUCCCGCACACCGCCCCCUCGCCCCUGCGCCCCUUCCUCGUCGUCGCCACCAACACCGCGCCGCGCUCCCCCACCUCCUCCUCCUCCCCCUCGCCCGCGGCACCGCUGCUGCCGCUAGUGGCGACGACGUUCGCGCGGGUGGCGCACAGCGGCAUCCACCCCGAGCAGCUGGCAGACAUCUUCACCCUCGUGGACCGCGAGAACCACAUUCGAUCCGCGCCCUGCAUGCCGCCGCCACUCCCUGCGCCCACUGUGGAUGCGAGCAGCAGCGCGGAUGCAGGUGCCGCACCGCCGUCCCUGGCAGCGCUGGCAGCGUACAGCGCGGGCAGGCGUGUGCUGUGCCGCCUCACCCCGCAUGUGCCAGGGGCGGCAGCAGCGGCGCAGGGAGAGGAAUGUGGGGAGGUCGUUGUGAUGGCUCCACCGCCGGAUGAUGGCACACCCUCCCCUGCCACGGACUCACGUGGUGGUGGCAGCAGUGCGUUCUCGGGUGUGGUGCUGGACGCCACGCCCACCAUGCUGGAUGGCGCCUCCCUGCCCUGUGCCGUCUUCCUCGUGCCCCAGGGCAUGAACCGCGACUGGCUGUAUGCAUCGGAGGAGGGGCAGUGGCAGCUGGUGGAGUCAGCCAAUGCACAGCGCCUCAUUCUGGUGCAGCAGAACGAGCAGCCGGGGCAGCUGCCAUUGACCAUGGCGCAAGUACAGGAGGAGCUGUCACCGCUGGUGCGGCAGCUGGCGCCAGAGUACUGCAGGAAGACCCGCUACGCCAUCCCGUACAUCACCACGGAGACGGCGGCCGUCACCGGCACUGUGCGCGCUGAGGUGGUGUCAGCGGUGACGGGCGCCAUGGUGGUGCUGGACGACGUGCGCUCGCCCCCCCUCUGCACGCGCCGCCUCGUCUUCCGCCGCAACCCCAACCUCGUGCAGUCCGAGGCCCUGCUCGUCCCCGCGCCGCCCCCCGCCCCUGCUGCCCCGCAAGAGGAGCCGCGCGGCAGCGCAGGGGGCGGGGCGUCUGAUGGAAUAGCCAAGGCGGGUGGGAAGAAAGGUGCGGCGGGAGGAAAGCAGAAGCAAGGGAAGGCAGCAGCAGCAGCAGCAGCAGCAGAUACGGCAGCGGGUGCGAGUAAGAAGAGCAAGAAAGCAGCGGCGAAGGCCGGUCGGAAGCAGCAGGCGGCGGAGGAGGCGGGUGGGAGUGCAGCGGGGGAGUGGGUGGUGGAGCACGGGCAGCUGGCGAGUGAGUACCACGGCGCCAUGCUGGCCGGGCUCAGCCUCCUGGCGCCGCUCAUGGAGGCCAGGGAGACCACCAACGCCCAGCUGACAGCAGCCGUGAUAGGGCUGGGCGGAGGGGCUCUGCCCAUGUUCCUGCGCCAGCACUUCCCCUUCACACGUAUCACCGUGGCGGAGCUGGAUGCGGUCAUGGGGCAAGUUGCCAGCGACCACUUCGGCUUCACACAAGACUCCGUGCUGCGAUUGCACAUUGGCGACGGUGUGGCGCUCGUGCAGUCCAUGGCAGCGCCCCACGGCACCCAAGGGGCGCAUCAAGAGGCACUGGUGGACCACACGGUAGCGCCAGUGCAGCGCGCCACAGCAGCUCUGGCCCUCUCAGGCAGUUCUGAGUGCGGCGGAGGAAGGCAAGGGGGAGCGGGGGUGGACGUGAUAUUCGUGGAUGCCGACUCCGAUGACCCCAGCACGGGAAUGAGCUGCCCGGCGCAAGUCUUCUUGGAGCCGCAUUUUCUUCAGUCUGCCCGAGCUGCCCUGAAUGAGGGAGGGAUGCUUGUGCUGAACGUGGUUGCGCGGGCAAGCAGCAAGUACAAGGCGGCUGUAGCUGCUGUGCGACAG